AUGUCCUGUAAGUCGUACUUCUAUUUCCCAUCUCCAAGAAAUCUCCUCUCGCCCGUGGCUCUUAAAUCUGCGCCAUUCUCUCCUCAUCCUCGCAUCCAAAUCCCGCACAUCCCUCCCCGUCUAUUCACCCCUCACCCCAUCCAUCGACAUGGACCACCUGUCCAACGCAAACAUGUCCUCGAUAGCAUAUUCCUAUGA